CCUCUUCUAAUUUCAACAUUUCUACCUCAGCACAGCACAUUACUUCCGAAGGCCCUUGUUUCCGUUAACGCACUGCCACGUCAAUGUUUCAGCACCAACGUAUCACAGCUGCUACACAUGUGCAGCACCACGAGGUACUUCUGUACUUGUGCACCAAGACAAGGUGCACAUGUGUACUUGUGCAUCUGCACCCGAACCGCUCACACAUUUGUGUUCGAGUCCACACAUGUGUGGUAGUGGCUGCUGCCUCUUACCUGUGCUUAGUACAGGUGGACGGAUAACACCUGCAAUGCACUCAUAUGCACCUGUUCCUGUUGCCCAGUGACUGCACCCAUCUGAUAUACUAGGUGCAUUCUUAUGAUUCAUUGCACAUCGCUCCCACAGGAUGGAUUUUUUCGAAAAUCUAAAACUUUGUCUAUAAAUUAACGGUAUAAAUACAACGCAAGAAGAAUAAAGAGGCUCGAGCGUGAACAAAGUGUACUCGGUCAGUAAUUUUAUCACUUCCCUGGUGUUUUCUUUGAUAUUAUAAUAUUGUGAGCGCUGAAAAUAUCGGUACGUUUUAACUGUUAACAUUUAAAAAAGGUACUACAAGAAUUUACACACAAGAGAAUAAAUUCCGAGAUACUGCAUCGCAAAAUGGACGUGCUUCCUUACGACUAUAACUUACUGGACGACUUGGAAGAAGGACGCACAAUAGCCAUUGCGUACAACGCUUCAACUACAGUUUUCUACCUGACCAUUGCCUUGGGGGUGUUCUUCACGGCCACGGCUAUCGGUCUGAUCAUUUACUACUUCACGACGCUGGGCGGGGGCAGCUCGACUUUUGGACGAAGUUUUGAUGAUGGCUGGUCAGCCCCCAACGCGCGGGUAGACACGCUGCCGUGGCUGCGGGUGCUCGCUGACAGAACAUAA